AUGGGUUCCCCUGCUCAUCGGCUUCGCUGCUGCGCUUCCAUCUUCGCUCCUCGGGCUCUGCCGGCGGCGCUUCUGCUGCUGCUUCUUUCGCUGCUCUCGUCUCGCCUCCCCGUGAGCCGAGCCCAGAAUGCCUCCGAAGCCUGCAACGGCAUCUUCCUCUCCUACGAUCACAGCUCCCGGGCGGCGAUCCGGCCCAGGAACGUCACCCCCCAGCCCUACUCCUUCAGGGCGACGGCCACCAUCAGCAACUUCGACUCCGUCCCCCUCAAGUCCUGGGCCUUCCACGUCGGCCUCCCCAACGGCACCAUCCUCGUCUCCCUGUCCAACUCCGUCCUCACCGACGGGUCCCCCCUCCCCGCCGUCGUCGGCCCGGAUGGGGCCUCCUUAUCCGGGAACCCCGCCACCGAUCUCAAGACCGCCAUCGAGACCGCCGGCGACCUGACCCAGAUGCAGGUCAUCAUCGCCAUCGUUGGCACGCAGUUUGGCGCUGAGUACAUGCCGCGAAGCCUCUCCCUGGGGAGCAGGAAGGACUACAUCUGCCCGGCGGCGACAAGCCCCCCCGGCGCCAACACCUCGUUCACCUGCUGCGUGCGCGACCCGAACUUCAGGUCCAACGACUCGUCGCCGCUGGACACGGAGUUCCUCCCCAGGAGCGAAGGCGACAUCACCAUCUCCUACGACGUGACCCAGUCCCACUCCUCCAAUUAUCUCGCCCUCGUCACCAUCGCCAACGGGAGCCCCCUGGGGCGGCUCGACAACUGGCGGCUCACCUGGCAGUGGAUGCGUGGGGAGUUCAUCAGCACCACGAGGGGCGCCUACACUUCCACCGUCGGCUCAUCGGAGUGCGUCUUCGGCCCGCAGGGGCAGUUCUACCAGGACCUGGACUUCUCCAAGGUGGUCAACUGCGAGAGGUCGCCCACCAUCCUCGACCUGCCGCUGUCCAGGGCCAACGACACCGACGUGGGGAGGAUCCCCUUCUGCUGCCGCAACGGGACCAUCCUGCCGGCGAGCAUGGACUCCGGCAGGUCGGCAGCGUCCGCUUUCCAGCUCCAGGUCUACAAGAUGCCCCCCGACCUGAACCGGACCGAGUUCUUCCCCCCGCAGAACUGGAGGAUCACCGGCGCGCCGGGGGCGCUUAACCCGAGCUACGAGUGCAGCCCCCCGGUCCGCGUCAGCCCAGCCCAGUUCCCCGAUUCCAGCGGCCUCCAGUCCUCCACCUCCGCCAUAGCCAGUUGGCAGGUGGUCUGCAACAUCACCCGGCCCAGGGGAUCGAACCCGCGUUGCUGCGUCUCCUUCUCCGCCUUCUACAACGAGUCCGCCGUGCCCUGCAAGACCUGCGCCUGCGGGUGCCCUUCCUCCUCCUCGUCGGCUGCCUGCAGUGCCACCUCGCCGGCGCUGCUGCUUCCCUCCGAAGCGCUCCUCGUGCCCUUCGAGAACAGGACGACUAUGGCCAGGGCGUGGGCAGAGCUCAAGCACUUCAGCGUUCCCAACCCCAUCCCCUGCGGGGACUUCUGCGGGGUCAGCAUCAACUGGCACAUCUCCACGGACUACCGCAAUGGGUGGAGCGCGAGGAUGACGCUGUUCAACUGGGAGGACGCCAGCUUGCCAGACUGGUUCGCGGCCGUCCGGUUGAACGAGGCGGCGUACCCCGGCUACGAGGCGAUGUACUCCUUCAACGGCACCGCCGUGGGGAACAACACCAUCUUCAUUGAGGGGCUCCCCGGGCUGAACUAUCUGAUGGGGGAGACGGCGGGGGAGAACUCGGAGAAGGACCCCAGGGUGCCGGGGAAGCAGCAGUCGGUGAUCUCCUUCACGAAGAAGGCGACCCCCGAGUUCGACAUGCUCAAGGGCCACGGCUUCCCCACGAAGGUGAUCUUCAACGGGGAAGAGUGCUCUCUCCCGGACUUCUUCCCCGCCAACUGGGGACACAGGACCGCCAUGGUCGACAGAGUCUGGAGCUUGGUCAUUCUCCUGGCCGUGACGUUAAAAAUAUUGCUGGAUCAAUAG